CGGGAGCAAAAAGUAUUCACACCUCACUUCACUUGUUUGGUUGUUUCAUAAAUACAUUUUGUUGGACUCUUUUCUAUUACCAUUAAAAUAAAAUCUCAACCACAGGCCCAACCCUUCUACUCAAACCCUAAUACAUAUACGGAGUAUCUCCCACCCUUCUUCAAUCGCUCCUCCCCAGUCGCCGCCCCCUGCGUUCUUCUCCCUCUUCCGCCUUCACCAGAAAAAAGAAAAUGGUUCUCUCGAACGACAUCGAUUUGCUGCACCCUUCUCCGGAGGCGGAGAAGAGGAAGCACAAGCUCAAGCGCCUCGUGCAGUCUCCCAACUCGUUUUUCAUGGAUGUCAAGUGUCAAGGCUGCUUCAACAUAACCACUGUGUUUAGCCAUUCCCACACGGUGGUGGUGUGUGGGAACUGCCAGAUGGUGUUGUGCCAACCGACCGGCGGCCGCGCUAGGCUCAGCGAGGGUUGUUCUUUCAGGAGAAAGGGUGAUUGACUGACCAGUUGAUAGUUGCAAUGAGGUUAAUUGUAUUGUUUUGUCCCCGCAGUUUCAUCAGUAUUGUGUCUGAUAUUUAAUACUAUGUAGUUUUGUCCUAAGAACUCAUCCAUGACGCGGAUUUACUUGCUUUGUUUGGGUCAUGUUUUUUGGGUUACUUAUUUAUGCAUUGUUGAAUUGGAGUUUCAGUUUGAGUUGAUGCGCAGCAUUUUGAGUACCUCUUUGUAAUUUUCUUUUUCCGUGAUAAUAUACACUGUACCACUCU